AUGAGCCCGGUCUCGAUCGUUUUUAGCUCGGACACCUCGCAACCUUCCCGUGUGAGUGAGGUCCUUUUAUAUGCCAAUGUUCUUCAUUGUGUUUCUGUCCCAACCAUUCAUUCGCGUCAUAAAAAUCUUGAUUUGGUUUUGAUUCGAGAAAAUACUGAAGGGGAAUAUAGUGGACUUGAACAUGAAUCGGUGAAUGGAAUUGUUGAGAGUUUGAAGAUUGUGACACGCCAUGGAAUUGAAAGAAUCGCUCGUUAUGCUUAUGAUUAUGCUGUUUUGAAUAAUCGACCAAAUAUUAUCGUUAUACACAAGGCAAACAUUCAAAAAUUGGGGGACGGUUUAUUUUUGAAAGUGGCUAAAGAAAUUUGUGAUACUGAAUAUAAAUCGAAAGGAUUGCGUUUUGAUUCGCUUAUAGUUGAUAAUGCUUGUAUGCAAUUGGUUAGCCGUCCACAACAAUUUAACAACGCAAUUUUACUUAUGCCUAAUUUAUAUGGAAAUAUAAUUUCAAAUAUUGCUUGUGGAUUGGUAGGAGGCCCUGGACUUGUUCCUGGAAUGAAUAUUGGAGAAGAAUAUGCUGUGUUUGAAACGGGAACUAGAAAUACAGGCACCUCUUUAACUGGAAAAGAUUUGGCUAAUCCAACAGCUUUUAUUCGUGCAGCAAUUGAUAUGCUUCGUUAUUUGGGGUUGGAUAGUUAUGCCGAUAAAAUGUCUGAUGCUCUUUUUAUUGCUCUAACUGAACGGAAAUUACACACACCGGAUAUUGGAGGUUCAUGUCACAGUACAGACAUUGUUGAUGCUGUUAUUGAUUUGAUGCAGAAAUAAGGUGGUAUUUUUUCUAAUUAGUUGUAAUUGUUAGGCUUUUUACCUUCUUUAAUUAAGAAAUUAAUUUUUUAAAAAGAGCUUUCUUAAAAAAUACAAUCGUUAUAUUUUUAAAAAAAUUUUUGGGCACUUAAUUUUGUAAAUUUUUGGAUUAAAAAUUCGAAUUAAUGAAUGAUUGUAUUUUUUUUGAAAAUAGGAAGGUAAAUUCUUCUCCUUUUUGACUCUUAUUGUUUUAUCUUUUUUUCGUUUUUUCGUCUUGAAAUUUAUUUUCUAAAAUUUUCCUUGGCCAGGGUUGUCGUGUUCAACUAUUUUUCGAUAUUUCGGAACGUGGAUUGAUUUCAUGGGAAUUAAUGCUUGGGGGGAGUGAGGGCGAAGGAACCCAUGAAAGCUUACUCUUGAAUGAAGGAGAAUUCCUCCCUCCUCUAGAGGGAACGGAGCUCGACCUGGACGAUCAAAAA